GAAACGGCAAGCUCUCACUUAUUUAUGGAAUACGACAAAGCAUCGAUAACGCAAUAAUACACAGUACGCUAUGAUGAUCAAAAUGCGCCAUCCAGCUGCAAGAUAGAUGUUAUAGCAUCUAUCCAUAAUGGUACUGUAGUUUGUCUGUUUAUGGUGUAAAAAUCGCACCCUAGUUGGAAUUGUUUUCAAUAGAAGAGAGGGGAUAGAUGGGGAAGAAUCAAAACGCAAUGAUAAGGGACAUUACAAGGGUUAGACAUUAUUCCUUUUUUUUCUAAAUUGCUGCUUUAAAUAAACUUAUUUAUUUAUUCAAUUGCAAAAAUAGUUAUUGUAAUAAUAGGCUUACCUAACGGAGAGGUAAAAUAAUCUAAUUCUUUAAAUCAAGAUUAAGAGCAAGUAUAAUUCAGCAAUAGAGUGAAAUAAUUAAUGAGAUGAGGAUAAAAUACUUUACGGACAUACGAUAACCUAAUAAAUAAUACACCUUUGAACGGAGAUCAGACAUGAUUAAUUAACAAAUUGUCUGAAGUGUUCAGAAGGCUUUCAGCUCAAGGAAGCAGAACGCCUCUUUAAAAUACCUUCUCCACCUCUCGCUUAUCUUUCUCACAGAGCCCUGUCAGCCACUAAUUCCGGCAGUUCGGAGGCCAAAAAAAAGCUAGCUAGCGAUGAAGGAAAGGGUGGUGCUCUACCCGGCGGUGGGCAUGGGCCACCUGGUGCCCAUGGUGGAGCUGGCCAAGCUAUUCCUCCGCGACGGCAUGGCCGUCACCGUCCUCGUCAUCAACACCCCAUUCAAGCAAGGCUCCGACGACUCAUUCAUCGCCGCCGCCGCCUCCGCUCACCCCUCCCUCUCCUUCCACCACCUCCCUCCCGUCUCCCUACCCCCCAACCCCCCCACCGACCCUGUGGUCCUCAUGUUCGACAUGCUCCGCCAGGCCACGACCCACCUCCGCCCCGUACUCACCUCCCUGUCCGAGACCUCCGCCGUCCGCGCCCUCGUCGUCGACUUCUUCUGCACCGAGGCCCUGGACGUCGCCGCCGAGGUAGGUCUCCCCUCCUAUAUCUUCUUCUCCACCGGCGCCUCCAACCUCGCCGCCUUCCUCUACCUUCCACUCCUCCACUCCGCCACUCCCGGCAACAUAAAAGAUCUCGGCAACGCCCCGAUCAACUUCCCCGGCCUCUGGCCGAUUCCGGCGUCCGAUUUGCCGGCUCAACUCCAAGACCGGAACGAAGAGUCCUACAAACGUCUCCUCUUCCACUUCGAGCGCUUACCGAGAUUCGACGGCAUCCUGAUCAACACCUUCGAGUCGUUGGAGCCGCGGGCGGUGACGGCUCUCCGAGACGGCGUCUGCCUUCCUGGCCGUCCGAUGCCUCCCACCUACUGCAUCGGGCCGUUGAUUGCCGAAAGGAAACCAUCAGAAAAGCACGAGUGCAUCAAGUGGCUGGACUCGCAGCCGAAGGCGAGCGUGGUGUUCUUGUGCUUCGGGAGCAUGGGUUCCUUUGCCGCGGAGCAGCUCAAUGAAAUGGCCACCGGAUUAGAGAGAAGCGGACACAGGUUUCUGUGGGUGGUGCGGGCCCCACGGAACGGAGACCAGGCGGCCAAGUUUCCCGGGCCACGGCUUGAACCGGAUCUGGAGGCGAUUUUGCCCGUGGGGUUUCUGGAACGGACCAAGGACAGGGGUCUGGUGGUGAAGUCGUGGGCCCCGCAGGUCGAAGUGCUGGCCUACGAGGCGGUGGGGGCGUUCUUGACCCACUGCGGGUGGAACUCGACGCUGGAGGGGGUGUGCGCCGGGGUGCCGUUGAUUGGGUGGCCUCUGUACGCGGAGCAGAGGAUGAAUAAAGUGACGCUGGUGCAGGAUAUUGGUCUGGCGGUUGCGGUGGAGGGAUACGAUAAAGAGUUGGUCAGAGCGGAGGAGGUGGAGGCGAAGGUGAGGUGGGUGAUGGAGUCGGAGGGAGGGAGCGAGUUGAGGAAGCGAGCGGCGGCGAUGGCAGAGAAGGCCAAGGAGGCGUGGAAGGAUGGAGGGUCGUCCGAGGCGGCGUGGGUGGAGCUGGCGAAGGUUAUCAAGGACGGUGGCAGCGAAGUACGUGGAUAACUGGAUUUUUUGUGCUUAUUAUUCAAACAGUGUUUUUGCUUGUCCAGUUGUAUCCACUGACCUCGUGGAGUUCGUCAUCGCUUACGUUGCCCCUGUCAGUAAAAUAAUAAAUAGAGAUAUUUUUUCUCCACACUUUCA